AAAAAGCUAUUUGUUGUUUGCACAGUUAGCGUCCCUUAAGAACCACAAGAGCCGACGAUAACGCGCGUUAAUUGAUUGAGCAACAAAAGUAUAAAUAAAUAAAUCAGGAUCAUAUCAGGAAUGCGUGCUCGAAGGUGUAACGUCAUGUUGAUCAUCAUCAUCGAAAGGUGAAUCCGAAAUCGGUAAACACCGAAAACAAUAUGCAUGAGCGAAAACCGACUCAAACCUGUUACAUUUAGUAAACACAGUCACGCUGUUGAUACAAAUCAUUGGCUCCUGUCGUGUCCCUCUCUUAUAUAAGUGUAGUAAAAAUAAAAUUGAUUUUUUUUCAAAAUUUCCUAUCUUGUUACUAUCUGUGAUUUGUAAAAACUGUCGUUGGGCGAAUUUCGGGUCAUGUCACGAAAUGUUUGUUGUUGCAUCGCGUAUUGAUGUCUCCCACUUACGUCGAAACGCCGGCUCGAGUACUCUGUAUAUCAAAUAUAGCGGUUAAUUCGGUACUUAUACCUACUUCAAAUCUCGUCGAGAGCAGUGGCUAUGGUACUUACGAUGGAAGCGCUGCUCUGAGAUAGUGCCAACAAUAGAGGGAAAAAGCUUCCUCUCAAACUAUAAUUCGCUAAAGUGAUGAACUAAGAAAACUAUUAAUAUUUUAAUCACAAUUCAGUUAUAGACAUUUGGAUUGUUUGAUUUUUUAGGGUGGCCAGAACCAUGCUUGCUGAUCAAAAGAAAAUGGUUCCUCCCGAUGGGGGAUGGGGGUGGGUUGUAGUCAUAGGCGUUAGCAUAGUCAACUUUUGUACAAGAUCAAUGGAACCGUCUUUCGGUCUCCUUUUUGGCGACUUGUUGAAGGAAUUAGAUGUGGAGACGACGGGUGCCGCAUUGAUUAUGAGCACGCUGGACGCCCUCAUCAAUUUCUCAGGGCUUUUCGUUGGACCUUUGAUUCGUGCCUUAUCAUAUCGUAAGGUAUCCUUAAUGGGAUCCUUGCUGAGCGCCUGCGGAUUUAUGUUGACAUAUCCGGCUAAGAGCAUGGCACAUAUCCUAGCCACUUACAGUAUUAUAAAUGGUUUGGGUGUUGGUUUAACAGCCUCAUCAACUUUCGUUGCAUUGAAUCAUUACUUUGUAAACAAGCGUAGUCAAGCUUUGGGAUUUUCUUUGGUCGGAACGGCUUUCGGUAUGAUGGUGAUGCCUCAUGCUGUUAGGAUAUUACUAGAAACGUACGGUUUCCGAGGUUCCAUCUUGAUUCUUGGAGCAAUGUUCUUGAACAGUUUAGUAGGAUCUUUGGUUCUGCAACCAGCGAAAUGGCAUUUCGUUCCUGAAGUGACAGACGAGGAAGGAGCUUAUCAUCAACUGCAAGGAAUAUCUUUUUAUUUUUCUUCGACUGAGGAAAUGGAAACAAUUAAAGAAACGGACGAUGAAGAUACCAGUGAAUUGCAGGAAGGGCAAACUUUGAUAAAGAAUAAUAUAGUGAAGACUUUGGAGGAUUUGGAGAAGCAAUCGUUGAAUGUACCUAGUUUAACUAGUAAAGGCGCGUUUCCGAGGAAUUUGUCCGCUCUGAGCUUCGCAGGAAAACAACGCAGAAAAGAUUCGAAAGAGUCCAUAAUGUCGAGCUAUUCCAGAUUGGAUUUUACUGGUUCAAGUUUACAGUUGCAUUUGCAGCCCGAGAAUGAGAGGCGUUCCUCUUCUGACGGUUUGCAUAUGAGGAGGAACAUGAGUUACCCAGGGGUGCAAUUGACAUCUCAGCAGAAGAUGUUCAAAGAUUUCCCGAGAGAACCUCUGGAGAUUCCGCAGAAACCCAACGAGACGGUGUGGCAUAAGAUCGUUGUAUUCAUGGACUUGGAUUUGCUGAGGGAUCCCGUCUUCUUGAAUCUUUUAUUUGGAUUGUCGGUGUUUUACGUCGCCGAGCAGAACUUCAAAAUGGUUGCGCCGUUCUUCUUUUUAUCGUUGGGUUACGACAAGCUCAACACUGCGACGUUCCUCUCCGUGCAGGCCUUUACCGACAUUUGCGCCCGUCUCAUCCUUCCCCCGAUCUGCGACAGGCUCACAUGCUCGAAGAGGACUCUGUUCAUGAGCGCGAUCCUCCUUCUUGGGAUAUUCAGAUCAGUCCUCGCACAACAAUCGGAUUGGGGCGUUAUUAUGGGAUGGCUUGUGCUCUGUGGAUUCGUUAGAGGAGCUGCACUCAUCAACUUCACUAUAACCAUUUCCGAAUACUCCUCCUUGGAGAAGCUACCGGCCGCUUUCGGUCUCCACAUGGUCGGUAAAGGUCUAUUCGUUGUAUGCAUUGGACCAGUUUUAGGUAAAAUCAGGGACAUCACCGGAAGCUAUCCGAUUUGCAUCCACUCUCAGACUUUCCUCAUCUUGCUUUGCGUGAUCGCUUGGAGCGCAGAGUACAUCAUCAUGUGGGUCAAAUCCAGAAAUAAGGAGGAAACCGAAUCCGACACGACGACCACCUGACAAACCGACAUCUAAUCAGUUAAUUUUCCAGUAUUAAAAGAAUAGGUCUGUCGUGGAAAAUUUGAGAUGGAAGCGUCCCCCCAAACGUUAGUAGCAUCCAUGUAUAGCUAUUGCACUAUAACUCGUUUGGGGAUUAAGCUUAAAGUAUAUUGUAUUACAUUGAAGAGCCACGAGCUCCGGAAACUCUUUACAGGGUAAAAAGAAAACUUGAGUCAGAAAUUACUUAAUAUUACAAUACAAACAAAAACUCAUUAUUAUUGGAACUAAGAAGAAAGCAUAUUGAAAAAAAAAACUUUUCUAAUCGUCUAUUCGUUACGACAAAGUAAGAGGAUAUCAUCAACCAGACCUUAUGUGUAUUUUUUAUUUGAAUUAUUAUCACUAUUAUUUAACGUUACUUUUAAUUAAUUUAUAAAUUACAUUGUUAUUUUUUUAAUACACCCUAUGUGUGAUAUUAAGUAGCUGUUACAAGACUGAAUCUGUGAGAAAGUGUUCUAAUAAUAAUAAUAUAAAGUAUAUAGUAUAUAUGUAUGUACCUAAAUUAAUAUAUGAUAUUUUUAGCAAUUUGCAAUUGUACAUAGGAAUUAUUGUGUAAUUAGGAUGUGCAAAGAAACGAACAAUGAGGAUUGCAAACAAAUGGAAAUUAUAUCUACAAAACAAACAAUAUUAUCCUUAUCCUGAGUUACUUUCUCUCCUUAUUUUCUAAUCAUUAUUAUUGUUAUUAAUUAAUAAAAUCCUUAUCCAUUUUA